AUGGCGGUGAAUUGAGCCGAAGUCGUGGUGCUGUGCCAUCAGAAAAUGUAUUUUUCAUAGUCGCGCAACCUCUUUUAUUAUACCCUUUAUGUAUGCGACAGUGUAAUACGGAUUCGAGUCGUGUUAGACGAUACACUGUGCAUGUAAAUAUGAGUGUAACGAAGCACAACGUUAUUUCGAAGGUGACACCCCGCAACUCGGUGUGGUGCUCGACCACGUAUGGCAGAGACUAGAAUCCGAGAUAAGGAAGCUCUGCUUCGCCUAAGUAAUACGUAUCGCCAAUCAAAAUUACCACCACAAAGUAGCGAUGUGGUGGUUAUCCAUCCCGAACUGUGAAAACAUAUUUACAAAAUUCAAAAACUUUGUCAAUCAUUGCAACUUGUGAUCGUAUAUGCGUGCCAAACAGAGAUAUAUAAAAGGGCAUUGAAGAGACCCAAUGGUUUCCUGACAUGAUGGAAAGUAAACUAUAUGUGAAAAAUGAGCCGGGACUUGACGGGCAAUCUCUUGCAAAUCCACAACCAAACCCAUCUUCAGAGGAUACAGGAGGAGCUAGGGUUUGUUUCGUUUGUGGUACAAUAGGCCAUGGAGAACAGUACUGGCUGAGAGUGAAGCCAAGUCCAGGCAGCGCACCAAAUGAACCUUACUUUCCAUUUCUUGAAUCCCAUGAACCACCUGCUGGCUAUCGUGGCGAAGGAGCUAGAAGUGGAGCAGUUAAGGCGUGCAGUCUUUGCUAUGCCCUAUUGUUACAACAAUGGGACAGUUAUGAACAGGAUGCUAGACCACAUAGUCAACGAAUAUAUUGGUUGAAAAGAUGCGAUGGCGGUCCUUUCACGGGAGCCGAGAUGGCUCUCCAGGGAGAAUAUGCGGCUCAAGUUCUGGGCUUAACCAAUGACCAAACCCCACAACUUAGACCGGAAAACCGACCGAUUGGAAUAUCUCCACGACUUCCGCCAAAUUCACCAUCGCCUAGAGUGGAACAAACAAGACCACCGUCGAAUUCCAUUGAACUACCAAGACCACAUUCUAACACGGCAGAAACGCACAGACAUUUAGAACAAGCAAGGCUUACAAUGGAAUCUCCCCAUCAAAGACUGCAAUCUCCCCAUCAAAGGUUACAAAGUCCUCGGCAGCCUGUAGAAGAUUCAAGAAUAUCGAACGAAGCGGCGUUGGAUUUACGACACGCACCCAGGAGUUCGCCUGCACCACAACCAGCAUUACCAACACAACCUCAACCCAUUUAUAGCGGUGGAUCGACGUCGAGUGCCGGUACUGAUAUUUUAGAUCUUUCGAUGCCGGAUAAAAAUUCCGUUACGGAAGUCUGUUACGUAUGCGGGGAUGAAUUCAAAAGAGGGUCACUUAGUCAUAUUGCAGCUAAACCAUUGCCAACUGAGCCACAUCCUACUGCCAGUCCCCCGCCAUUUUUUCCUUCGCUAAUGCUUCAUCCAAGACCAAGCAGGAGUCGACCAAUGGACAGCGCUGGUCGUGUACAAGCUUGUUCAGCAUGCCAGAAUCACCUUCUGUUACAAUGGAAGGCGUACACCCGGCAAGGAGUUCCACACGAUGAUCGAAAUUACACACUUCGUAAACGACAAGCACCUGCAAUGGAUACAACUACCUUUAUCUGUUAUACUUGCGCGCUUGAGUACCCUUCGUCCAGCAUUAGACUUCUUUAUUGCUGUCCUAAUCCUGAAAAGGAGGCGUACUAUCCUUUUAUUUAUUCUCUGAGACCUCCGCCAGGAGCUAGUCCUAUUAGUCCUCAGGGAAUGGUGCAAGUUUGCUCCAUUUGUUAUAAAGCUAUACCACAGAAACAGCAAGUAUUUGGUGGAGAAAAUCACGAGGCUCAACCGGCAAGUCAGAGCGUGGAUUUUCGACAACAAGGUCCGUCUCCGAGACCCGCAGUGGCAAAGUCUCCGGCCAAUUCCGCUGGAAGUGAUAUUCGUUUCAAGCCGUACGACUUAAAUAAAUCGAGCGUUGCUACAAACAAGCAACGCAGCGCUACUGUAAAAGGAUCUACUCCUGGGCAACGAAAUUCUCCGAACAAUGGUCCUGCUGAGAACGGAACUGUUGCUCUCGGGCAAAAUUAUAGGUGCUAUAUUUGUGAGAGACUGUAUCCUCGUUCUCACAUGGAAUGGUUAUCUACGAGCCCGGAAGGAAUGAAUUCGCACGCUAUGCAUUUCCCGUGUUUAAGGGGAAUGGCACGUACCUCGGAAAAUGCCUGUAUGGAUAGUCAUGGCAGAGUGUUAGCUUGUAGUCAUUGUGUGAAUCAUCUUGCCCAACAAUGGGAAAGCAUGGAUGCUGAACGAGUUCCUUUAGAACGUCGCAGGUAUGAUAUUCCUAGUCCACAUCCAAACGGCGAUGUGAACCGAUCAAUCGCCACCCCACCGAGUUCUAGUUCAGAUCGAACGUUUGGUAGUAAUCCAGGCACAUCGAGCAGUUCCAUAUAUUGUUUCCUAUGUGGCUUGCAUAGUGAUUUAACUCUCGCAAGAGUGUUAUAUGGUCGCCCUCAGGGUCGUAACGCACCGUUUUUCCCUGAAUUAUUACGUCAUCAGUCUCCGCCGAAUGCUGAACAACUUAGGGAGGAUGGUUCCGCGCUAGUAUGCACGUUCUGUUAUCAUUCUCUUUUGGCUCAGUGGCGUCGAUACGAAUCUCUUCCUAGUGGUCAACAAGUAAACGCCGCGGAAAGGCAGUAUAAUACGCAUGAUUAUUGCUGUUACGUUUGUGGUAUUACGACGUACAGAAAACGAGUCAGAGCAUUACUCGUAAAGGAUUUCCCUUUUCUCAAGUAUCACAGACAACCCGAAAAGAGUCUGUUAUUGGAAAAUGGAGAUUUCGCAGUGGUUUGUUUAGAUUGUUACGAAACAUUGCGCACACAAAGCCUGGAAUACGAACGAUGGGGCUUGCCUGUUGAAAAACGCGAGUACAAUUGGAUAGUGCAACCUCCACCGCCAGAAGAUAGCCCUGACGCAGCUGUCGCGAGAUUGCCAUCCGGUGAAAGAUCCGAUAAGGUGGUUCCAUCGACGUUGACGGUUAAGCCCGCACGAAAAAACUGUUCUCCAAAGGCACCGGAUAAAAAGGUUCCGGCAAAGAUUCCAGAGAAAGAACAAGGUCUCCAGCCUGCCAGCACCAAAGCGCAACCCACCACGAUCAGCAAGUCUCACCGACCCAGUUCCGGCGUUUUACCUCAGGGUCAUACCCCAGGACCCGGUCCAGGUGGUCAACAGAAUAGCAGAAGUUUUGCCGCCGCUCUGAGAAACCUGGCUAAACAGGCAGGGCCGGCACCUCAGGAAGAAGAACCUCGCGCGAGUCCCAAGAAUCGAGCGCCACCACCUCUGGUUAGAGGUCCUUCCCCUGCUAAGGAACGAUCGACGCACGAAAGAAGACCAGAGGAGAUUCCCUCGUUGUACACGACUGCGAGACCCGCGGAUACCAGCAAACACAGCGUAACUGCCGCUGCUUCCGAAUUGCUGGCUCGUUCCGGUUUUCAACCGUACCGGCCUGAACACCAUCCGGCCCACGCUCCACCGGCUUUUGCCUUGGAUCCUGCGGCCUACAAUCCUUAUCAUCACGGUCUCUACCCACCGCCACACCUUCAACACGCUUAUAGAUUAGAGGAACAGUUGUAUUUGGAACGGUGUGGAAUGCUGAGACCACCGUUAUUUCCUGGGUUACCCUCGUAUCCUCUAUACGGGUUAAGAUAUAGUCCGGACAUGCUACCGCCUGCAUCCCUCGGACUGAUGUCUCCCGUGAUGCACGAGCGACUGAAACUGGAGGAGGAGCAUCGGCUGAGGCAAGCACGGGAGCAAGCCGCGCUUAGAGAGGAGGAGGAGAGGAGAAGAGCGGCACGAAAUUCCGCUCCUGCCGCCCCGGUACCCGCGCCUGCACCUGCAUCCGCCGAUACUGCAGCUAGGAAGCCGACCAUAGCGGCUCAGAUGCAUAGCGACCGGGAACGAGAACGCGAGAACAGAGAUCGGCCGAGCGGGAGCAGUAGUGGCAGUGGUAAUAACAACAGCAACACCGGCAACGCCAACAACGGUAAUGGUAACGUUGGAUCUGUCAGUAACAGUCAUCAUCAGUCGAGAAAAGAAGAACAGUCUUCCGCUCCACCACCUCCGCCAACAGCAGCACCACCACCACCGCAACCACCGUCGUCGGAUCCAACAGCAACAGCCAACAUCUACCACUCUCGUUUGCCAACAUUCCCCAAUCCAACGGCUCCCAUUGGACCACCGACCUUGGGUUCGGCUACUAUCUGUUCCGUCAGUUCCGCGGCUAUGCCGCCUCCUCUGGCUUCUACUUUGCCCCCUCUAAACCUUGGACCUCCGCCAGCUAUAAGCUCAGCGCCUAUCGGCGGCCCUCCGCCCAUCCCCUCUAUACCCUCUAUGUCAUCCUUGACACCAGCGGUAAUAGGACCGCCACCGCCGCCGCCGCCGCCACCUUCCGCGCUAAGCAUGCCUUUGGCGCCUAUCAUUUCUAUACCUUCUCUCCAUUUACCCCCCGUAUCCUCGACUACCAUUCAUUCUAGUCAGCAUACAGCUACGAUAAUUAGCAGCGCGACAACUACGGUUACAACUUCUAUAUACCAUCAGCAACAGCAACAACAGCAGCAGCAGCAGCAGCAGCAACAACAACAAGUGCAACAGACGCCGCAAGCACAGCCGCUACCACCACCAUCGGCACCGUCGCAACAAUCGCAACAUCAACCGCGCAGCAAUAGCGCGAUCGGUACAACGACGAGCAGUAGCUUGUCUAGCAGCGGCACUAUGACAACGCACGGAACACACACUCUAACGACAGCUAACGCGGUUCCCUCGACUAUGAAUAGCGUCAAUCAUAUGACCACUUUGUUGACUCACAAAUCGCCACCGUUGUCGUCUCACGGUAUUCAUAGCUCGAGAAGCAAAGAUACCGGAACGAGCGCGACCAGUACGACGGCGAACGUUUCGAGCACGAGCACCAGUAGUACCACCGUCACCACGGUUACCACCACGAGCAGCACCUCGUUGGCCACCUCGCAACCGGCUUUCGUUAGACCGUUCGAGGAUUCCUUUCGUUCCUCGUCGAAACCUCAACAAAGACCUAUCGUGAACAGUCAUAAUCAUAGUAUAGCGAAUCAACUCGCUUAUCCGGAAUCGCCGAUAAAAUCCACCGCGACCACCACUACGUCGCAAACCAUCGCCGGACAGAUGAUAGUCGACAAUUCCGUUCCGGAUAACGCGAAGAACACGAAUCUUCAGCAAUCCCUCUCCCAUCCGAUUCCCUAUCCACCUCAACAAUUUCAUCAUCCUCACAUACCCGUCUCGCAUGUAGCUAGUUUGUACAAACCACCGCAUUUCUCGUCUUCGUCUCCGCAUCAGCAUCACUCGCAAACCAAGGUCAACGUACAGGCGCUAACCACCAGUAGCGGUGGUAGCACGAGUAACAGCGUGACAGCCGUGACCAGUUCGAAUUCCACCAAGCAGCAGAGCAUGCAUCACGGCAACGAGAACAGUCAAACGGUCACCCCGACAACGGGCCAACGAAACGAAAUCUCCUCCUCGUCCUCGUCCUCGUCCUCGUCCUCGUCGUCGGCAUCGUCGUCGCCGCCGUCGACCACGCCGAACCUCGUCAACUGCGUUUCCGGCGAGAAAACGGUGGCAAAUGCAAAUUAUAACGGAAACAAUCUUGGCCCAGCCAAUGGGACCAAGAUGGCGAAUCACGCGAAUUCGCAUCAGAAAAACAACGCGGAUACACCGACGAAGGAGAGUAAAGUAAAUUCGUACAACGAGAAGAUCGAGAAACACGCGAAACAGUCAACGACGAAUCAGAAUCAUUUGGCAAAGAAUUCGCAUCAAGACAAGCCGUUGACUCCCCACGUGACGUACGAACAACAACAACAACAACAACAGCAGCAGCAGCAGCAACAACAGCAGCAACAAGGAAAGGGUCCUCCCGCUUUUCAACCUAUGAACUUUAAUCUCGCCGAGAAGGAGAUUAAACCUGAAGUAGAGUCUAAGAUACAGAACGAUCAGAACAACGUUUUGUCCACAUUAUCGUUUCAACCCAAUUUUAAGUUCAGCAUAAACGACAUCGCACAGAAGCCUAUAGAUACGACUCAGCUGAUGCAGAGCAUCAAGUCUGAGGAAGUUUUGCGUACCUGUCAGAACGUAUCCAACGUUCUCCUGCAGAUACCAAAAUAUCAAGAGAAACUGUUAAAUUUCUCGAACGAGCUGAAAACCGCAUUUUGUUUCACCGACAAGUGCAAUAAUUUGACUGAGAUUUCCGUGAAGUGCGAACCAGCGGUGUUAAAUGUGCCUGACCUGAGCAAGGCUCUAGUCAAACAGGAUGUUACGAGCGAAAAGUCUUUCCUUGUACCUGAGAAGCCGAAAGAGUUAACAUCCUCGUUGGAUCUAGCCGAGAGGAGAAGGAAAAGGAAACGGGAAAGGAAUACGGGUCUCGGGUGUAGUUCCGAUUCGGAAGGCGACGAAGAAACCAAGGAUAUGGAUCUCUGGAUUAUCAAAGGUCCACCGGCCAAGUUACAGUAUUCCGAGAAGAAGCUCGCAUUCCUCGCUAUGUUCGGUCUAACUACUUUAAGUAUGAGGAACGAAAUAGAGCUUUGUAAAGUGGAGAAGAGGUUCAGGUUAAAUCCAGAUCCGCCGGAAGUACCUUUGGAGUUGGAACAAAUAGUCGAAUCCGUAUUACCCAUACCGCAGGAACAUCCGGACGUAUUGCUUCACACGCCAGAUUUCGAGCCGAAAGUUGGUUUUCUCAAGACCAUAGGCCUCGAUAUAAUGCCCCCGAACAGAAGAGAUGAGGCAGAAGUAACGUGGCAAUACGUUCUGCAAGAUCGUAAGAAACGGAGAUGUUCGAAUUCCGUGACUGCGUACUGCGAGAGAAUUGCCAAGGCGUAUUCGAAGAAUCCACCUACGUUACCUAAACCACCGCAAAAGAUGAGGCUUCUAGACAGAGUGAAAGUGAAACAGGUUCCAGAACGACCACCGCCUCUACCACCUUUGGUUCCGAACAUCGUCUCGAUGGGUUAUCCCGCUUUACCCAUGCCCGGUGAGAAUGGGAUGAAGCAACAUUGCCAGAUCGUAGAUAUCAAGAUCAUGGAUGAAAACGCAGAUGAUCACAUCGUUGGGAAGAAAGAAAGGCCUAAAUGGACCGGCAUUGAGGACAUCAUGCUCGCUUAUAGCGAAUAUUCCAAAGAGAAAGCAUUGGAAAAGAAAAUUUUGACGAGCGAAACAUCAAAAUUGGUGGCACAGUCGAACAACUUACGGUCCGAAACUAUCCAUCUAGAGCGAAGGAUAUACGAACUCUUGUCCGCGAGAACGGCUCUUGAUUCGGAGAGGCGAAUGCUGAGUGAAAAGAUUGAAAGGAUUAACGCACUUGUUAGGAACCUUAGGUAGCGAUGCGUAACGCACAACACGGAAACUCAUUCAUCUGUGAUAUUAUCGAAGGGUUAAGGGUCGUUAGCGUACAGUACCAAAUAUAAAAUCUUACAGUACAUUUAAACAGGCGAGAAUGAUUCGGUGGAAUGUUUUAUUGACCAAAUGUACAGCAGAGUCUUUCGUAUUGUUUUGCGACUAAACAUACCACGCGACGUUGUUAUAUACAGAAUUACAGACAAAACUCCAAUAGCAGCAAUCAAAGCGACAUUUAUGAUGGUCGUGAGGCACACCUUUAUAUUUCAUAAAUGAUGAUCGUCAUAUCAACACACCGUAUGAGAACGCAGUGUAAGAACGAUUGUAUAAAACAAAAUUAUCCCUACUAAUACACUUCGCAGCUGAACGACUGAAGUGGUUAAUAAAGAUUUUAUAGUUUCAACUAACGGCUCUUAGACCCUAAACUAUAAAUAAUUGUAAUUUGUAUCAUAAUAUUUUAAUGAAAAAUAGACAAAUCGUAUAACUUAUUUUAUUCUGCGUAAUGUGGACUCUAUGUCAGAUAAUAACUUGAAACAAUAUGAUAUGUCACAAUUUGUAUAUGAGUCGAUCAUUAAUAUUACCUGGUGUAAAAGAGAGGGGACAAUUAAUUGCGACGUUUAUCGAAUCGGUUCAAUGAUAAUCGAAAAGUUACUCCAAUAUAUAGACUGUGACUUUUUUUUUUAUUUUUAUUUUGCGCCGUAAAUGGGGAAAGUGUAUGUGGGCUCUGUGUUAACGAAAAAAUUUUAAAACAUAUUCGAACUACGAACCACAGACUACCAUUACCACUGCCAUUACAAUAAAUCCGGAUACAAAAAAAGGUCGAAACUGUAGAAGCUGUAACGAUUACUUUUAACUUAAAACACGUUUCGAGAUAGAAGCAACUCUAGUCUACGGACAUUCGUAGAAUACAGGAAAAUCACGUCUGAUUCCAAGAAAUCAGAAUAGUGACCGAUCUUUCCUUUCGAUGUCCACUGUUCACAAUAAUGAACGCAAAGGCCAGUGAAUACAAGAGAAAUUAAUGUAACAACAGCAGUGAGGUACUUACGUAGGUAAAGUGACUUAAUUUAACUUGUCUUAAUUUAAAACGUGAGACAUCGCGCGCUAGCACAUUCCACAUAAAAACAUGCUUGUUACCCGAACUCCAACAUUCCACGUUCGAACAGUAAUCGGAUUGAAAAACAAAAUUAAAAAGCGAAUAAAAUUCGUUU